ACCAUUUCACUGACAUGACAGGUGUCAGUUGUCAAAAGUCGAUAACGGUAACCUAAAAAUUGAAAAAUAGCCGAUUUUCCGUUCUUGGGCUGUUUUUAAUCUGAAAAGCACGGGAGUGCCGCCGAAGUUAAUGUCCCGUGUUUGAAUACCUAAUCUAAGUCAAACACAAUUAUCAAAACGCUGUGAAAGUGUGAAUUUUGAUAACAACAAAAAUGGCGUUCAAUUUCCCUGCAUUUUCGUAUAUCAUUGCCCUGAUUGUCGACGCUUUUCUUAUAUUUUUCUCCCUGUUUCACGUGAUUGCAUUUGAUGAAUUAAAAACUGAUUACAAGAACCCCAUUGACCAGUGUAACAGCUUAAAUCCGCUAGUGGUGCCAGAGUACCUCCUUCACAUUUUCUUUAACGUCCUUUUUGUUGCCGCCGGAGAAUGGUUUUCACUGCUUCUCAACAUCCCGCUGAUCAUUUAUCACAUCAAUAGGUACAGGACAAGGCCUGUGAUGUCGGGCUUAGGGAUUUACGACCCCACUAGUAUUAUGAACGCUGAUGUCUUGACCAGGUGUCAGAGGGAAGGGUGGAUUAAGCUCGCGUUUUACUUGUUAUCCUUCUUUUAUUACCUUUAUGGAAUGAUUUACUGUUUAAUCUCGGCGUGAGUACUUGCAACUUCCAAAGAAUUGAGAAGAAAAAAUUGAGGGUGGGAUUAAAAAGGAUUUCGGUUCUUAUUAUUAUGUUUUAGUAAUUGAGGAACGUAAUAUUAAGCAUAAUAGAAAGAACUGACUUCCUUUAAUCUUAGGGCAGUUAAUGUGAUUUAUUUAGAUUAUUUGUACACGAUCCUGUUAGUCUUUUCUGAAAAAUAUGCCAGGAGUCUAAACGAGGUCGAGAGUGCUGUGAAAAUUUCAUAAAUGGGUGUCUUGAUGUUAUAAAAUUAAACUUGGCACAUCAUUUGACAUGAAAUGGUUUUGGAGCUCUUGACCACGUUCUCUUGGCAAUAUACUAAUCAGAAAAGAUUUACAUCAUAAUUACAUACAUUGCUAGUACUUUACAUUAUUUCAAGGUAUUAUGUAAAUAAAAAUUUAUCAUUGA